UUUUUGUGAUGUUUGUCUUCCGCUUUAGACAGAACACUGUACGUGUUUACGAACCGACAAGGUACAGUGAACAAUGAACUCAUCCGUGGAUGAAUUCAUUCAGUCAUCAGCGAAAAUGAGACCCGAAUCUUAAUGGCCGCCCAUAACGGAGAUUUAGGAGGGUAUUUCUCGUCCCCCCGAGCCGCGGGCUGGUGCGAGUUUUGUGAUAAUCAAGCCAUUACUGCCUCGGAACAGUUUGUCCGUAGCUUCCUGGAUUUUCAAAGAAGUCAGUAUACUUCCGCAGAUUCUGUACCUCGCGACCCUGUGAUGUACGCCAAAAAGUUUGUAGAAUACUUUCUUCAGCAUUUCGAGCGUCAAAUCAAAAGGACUUCAUACUAUCUGGAGUCACAAACACAGAUUAAAUCUACGUUCCAAGGGAAUGACCCUCUCUUCUCAGGACUUGUUAAUGAACAUCACGAUUUGUCACGGGAGUCAAGUUUUGCUUCACAAACAUCAAGAUCUCCGACUAAUGGCAAUUCCAACAACCCGAUAGUAGACGACUAUUCGGACAAUGUGACAGCGGUCAAUACAUCAGUUACUUCCCCUGAAGUAAAGUUGAAACACUCCCCCAAAGAAAAGGGCUUUCUUCGUAGAUUUUCAUUUCGUAAACACAAACGUUCAGUGAAACAUAACAGUGAAAGCGAUUUGUCUGGAAAUCACAGAAAGUUAAAAAACAAUCAGAGGGUUAAGGGGGAAGGUAAAUCUAAUGUCAAGUCGGACAUUCGGGGCUUGGUCAAGCGGGAGAGUGUGGUCAGUGUUCUAACAGGGGAGGAUUCCAAAGGCAAGUCCCGGUGGGAGAAAACGAAACUGGUGCUGAAGGAAGCAAGUGGGGGCUCCCUCUUAGAAUUUUACUCCCCUCCAAAGUCGAUGAAACCGAAGGCAGGCCUAUUUUGUUUCUUCAUCACCGAGGCAAGGGAGGCAACCUCACUAGAAAUGCCAGAAAACCACCAGCAUACGUUUGUUUUGAAGGGCCAGGGGACCAGUGAGUACGUUAUCGAGGCCCAGAGCCACCAGGACAUGAAGGCGUGGCUGUCGGCAGUCAGCGGAUGCAUCAGUCAACCCAGCACCCCCGCCGAGCCCCUCUCACCCCCACCCAGGGUCCUGGAGGUGGACGCAGACUCCUUAGGACCAAUGCGACCACGACUGCCAACAGCUCCCAGUGGAUCUAUGACAGAUCGGAAAGAGAUGACGACCCUGCAUCGUAGUUCCUCUCAAGGCAGCCUGGGUAGUAACCCGCCCCCCGACGUCCCCCCUCGGCCUCGCCCAAUCAGCACUAAUAGUGACAUCAUACAGACCAGGAUGUCCUCGUCAGAGGCCCUCAACAUGUCCUCCUCUCCAGGCCGGCUUCACGGCGAGCUCGACUCAGGGAGAGAUGAGACGCACGUAGAACAAAUGUUGCGGGAAUACCCGUGGUUCCAUGGCACGCUGUCACGACUGGAGGCGGCUCAGCUUGUUCUACAGCAGGGUCACAUGGGGCAUGGAGUGUUCCUUGUGCGACAGAGCGAGACCAGAAAGGGGGAGUACGUCCUGACCUUCAACUUCCAAGGACGUGCCAAGCAUUUGAGGAUGACAAUAAACAACGAUGGCCAAUGUCGAGUACAGCACCUGUGGUUCCAGUCCAUCUUUGACAUGUUAGAACAUUUCCGCACUCACCCCAUUCCGCUAGAGUCAGGCGGUUCAUCUGACGUCACUUUAACAGACUAUGUGGUUGCCAUGGAACGUCCUCGGACCCCACAAAUGUUGAGGGGGUCGCCGCGAACAAGAGGUGGGGCCCUAGGCUCCAAUCCUAGCCUAGGGAGAAGCCCGGGGAAUGUGACCAGCCCGAUUGAUCUAAGUGGGCGUGAGGUGGUGGUAAUCAGCGGUUCCGUCCGUGCCACCACCGAGUCCUUAGAGAACGUUAUGCGGGAGCAGUCCCAGGGUCAGGGGUCACAUGGUAGAGCAAUAGAAAACCAAUAUUCCUUUGUGUGAAGUUUCUGGCUCUUGACUGGUAAUAAAGUCAAGACCUACAUUUAUACAGCCAGUGUUCUUAUCUAAAUAUAUUUGCUUUUCAACUUCAAGGAUUUUUUUAUAGACCUACAGUCAUAUAUGCUUAAAUUUUUCGUACGUAUCCUCAGAAAUAAACAAGCAUUAAAGCUAUAGCAAAGACUCUGGCCCCAAAGCUAUAGCAAAGACUCUGGCCCCAAUGUCCAUUGAUAGGAAGAGGCUUCAGCUAGACCUGGUAAUGUUUUCCAUGGAUCAUGAUGUGAAGAAGCUAUAGUCAGACUCCAAGUAUAUUUUCCAUGGAUGUAAAAAAGCUAUUGCCAAACUCUGGAUAUAUGGUACAUGGAUGUGAAGAAGCUAUACUCUUGAUAUAAUGUCCACGGAUGUGAAGAAGUUAUAGCCAGACUCCGGAUAUAUGGUCCAUGGAUGUGAAGAAGCUAUAGCCAGACUCCGGAUAUAUUGUCCAUGGAUGUGAAGAAGCUAUAGCAGGACUCCGGAUAUAUUGUCCAUGGAUGUGAAGAAGCUAUGUGUCUAUGUUGUUCAUUUAUCAUUGUAUUGACGAAGUGUUCUAACAUCUGGGUGAUAGAUGUUUCUACUUUUACAGCUUGUGAUAAUGUUGUGGAUGACAAUGUUGUUCUGUUUCCUUAGUUGUGUACGUGGUACAGGAGAUUUUCACUAUUCCAGAACACAGGCCCCACUAUGGGGGCCUUGGUAUCCUUGAUUUUAUUUUGUUUUGUAGUUGUUGUUCAUUUUUUUUUUCUUACCCAUCCAGAGUUUUAUUUAAUUUCAUAUGAUCUUUUUAUCAAGGGAAGAUAAUUCUUGUAUAUAAAAAAUUUAGAAAUAAAAACAAAUAUUUUAUAUUGAAUUUUACAACAACAAAAAAUGCUGGACAUCUUUUUAGUUUGUUUUGAUUUUUACUUUUUUAAUGUUAAUAUGAAUAUCCCUUUGGGGAUGAAACAUUAUCUUUGUUAAAGAGAUAUUGGUUUAUGUUUAGCAGAUGAGGUGCACAAGUUGACUGAUUUUAUUUGGUAUAAUUAUAGCGCCAAGAAUUUUGUUUUCAGUCUUUUAAAACUUACGAAUUUUAAAAUCUUGUUAAUGUCAGCUUUCUUCUUUAAAUUCAUAUGCACAUUGUCAUCAUCCCCCCAAAAAAUGUCAUAGAUGUAAUAGGAUUAUUUUGUACCAUAUUUCAUACAUAUCUAAGUACGUUGCUUACCUGUUGAGACUGAGUUGUUUUUUUGUUUGUAUUCUGUAUUCGGUAUAUUGGAUGAUUUGUUUUAUAUUCUAAUAUUACCCAGAGUCCAUCCUUUGCUAAUUUCUGUUUAGAUUACAUGUAUAUCUAAACAGUUAAAAUUGUUCUAAAAUCACUUAAAUCAGUUUUUAUUUUUUCAAUUGAGAUCAUUUUGUAAAUUGAUAAUUUUUUUAUUUUGUUUUUUAAUUUUAUGAUUUUAAUGAUUUCAAAGACCCACUGAAAGACUUAAGCAGAGAUCUCUUUUAUAUACUUUCUUUUUACAUAAAAAACAUUUCAGUUUUUACAAGAAAAAUAUAAAUUGCACAUGUAGCAAACAAUAACUGUGGUCAUUAUUUUGUUCCUUGUUACCUUGGUAAUGACCUUGACCUCAAGAUUACCUUGAUCCGUACCUGACUAUUUAUUCAGUAUCUGUCUAGAAUGGAAACAUAUCUCUGGUUACCUGAUAUUUCUGUUGUGAAAUCCUUGAGAACAGACAGACAGACAGACAAACCAAAUAUUGCCUUUUUUGAUCUCAGUAAGCUGUAUUUUGCUUUAUUGAUACAAAAACUGUUUACCACCCACUGGAAUCGAACUUAAGCGCUGCAAGUUAGUUCACUCAGUUAAUACAUAGUCUUCUUCUGGUAGUUCAUAUACUAGCAUAAAAAGAUGUGAAUCUGAAUGAAAAGUCAAGAUUAAAGUCUGUGCACUAUAGUAUACUGUUCAGGUGUUGACUUGCCCAGCACUUGUUUCUUGUUAUACAUGUACAUGUAGGUCAUUAGGUCAUCUUUUAGAAGCUGUUUGCCUUCUCCUGACUCUGUCUUAUUACCGUACCUGUGGGUUGAUAGGUUGUGUACAAAAACACUGUAUUUAAGAAAAAAGAUAAUUUGCAGAAUGAAAAAGAUUUUUAAAGAUUUCUCUGGAUUAGAACUUGAGCAUUGUUCUGUGGCCUUCAUUCUGGGAAUGAACCUGUAAAUAUUAAGAAAAAAAAAGAGCAGGGGUCAACCAAAAUGAUUGAAGAGAUGUUGGGGAGGGGGACAGGGUUUGUACCUUAUUGAAUUAAGCAGGUUCAUUCCACUUGAUAUGAUGUCAAAUAAUGUGAACAAAUCCUGAUGAAUUGGAAUCAAGCGUUGAAUUAUCAGGCGGAGCAAGGUCUGAACACCUUGAUAUCUGUGUGGAGUUGUGUAUGAUACAUGUAUACGUAGUCCUGUGAGCUUUUUAAUGUAAAUGUUUAAUAUAUCUGAAAUAUUGUUAUUAAGAUUGUUACAUUGACAGAAUGUUGUGCAGAGAGAGAGAGAGAAAGAGAGAAUAUCAGUGGAUUGUUACAGAAUCGAAGUGCAAGAGGAAUGAUUUUACAGUCAGUAGUGACUUGUAUGUAUGAAUGGCUUGGUCAUCAUUUCUAUACUGUCUGUAGUGUGAUAUACACGUCUAUUGUACUAAUUAUCAAUGAUAUCAAACGAAUAAACAAUGAAGAGUA